AUGGGCACUCAGAUGCUUAUCAGAUGCAUCCAAAUGAGCAGCCUGGCUGAUGACUACUGGAGGCUGCAGUCUAAGCGACAAAUUACAUCAUCCAGCCCGUUGGCCUCACUUUCUCCAUUCAUCGAUAGCUUUGGGCUGAUGCGAGUUGGUGGCAGACUACAAAAUUCGUCCUUGGAUUACAAUGCGCAGCAUCCUGUCAUACUACCACGCCAGCAUCCAGUUACAAGUGCUAUCAUACUGGACUUGUAUCGGAAAAACUUGCAUUCUGGUCCGCGAGCGCUGCUCGCUAACAUGCGUCUUCAAUUUUGGCCGAUAGGUGGCCGAAAAACAGUAUCAUCUGCAACGUCCAAGUGCGUCAUAUGCCUCCGAGCUAAACCACAAUUAUCUCAGCACUUAAUGGCUGACCUACCUAAGGAUCGUGUAAAUGCAACAUCAACGUUCUUGGUUACUGGACUGGAUUUCUGCGGGCCAUUUUGCUACAAAACCGGAGUUCGAAGCAAGGUGCCUGUGAAAACGUACGUCUGCGUUUUCACCUGUUUUGCGAUGAAAGCGAUCCACCUGGAGCUUGUUCAGGAUCUUUCAACACAAGCGUUCUUGGGAGCAUUGAAGCGGUUUAUUUUCACCAGAGGCAAACCUGCCCGGAUAUCGUCAGAUAAUGCUACGAACUUCGUUGGAGCUAAAAACGAACUGGCUGAGCUGAAAAAUCUAUUCCUGUCUGGCCCACACAUUCGAGCUAUAGAGGAAUUCUGCCUAGAAGAUUCAAUUGAGUGGCGUUUUAUUCCCCCACGUUCGCCUCACUUUGGAGGCCUCUAG